GCACUCGCCUUACAUUUCACAGCUUCAGGACGAUCUGGAGAGGUUCUUGCUUCAACAGUGAUUGAACGGAACUUCGAUCUCGUUAGAAUUUCCCUACGAAAACAUCCCAUUUCAUUUUUUUUUUUUUUACCACCAUUUUGUUAAUAAAACGACAAAAAAAUCCGCCGAAAUGGAUUCUCAGGUUCGCCAGAACUACGACCGCGAUUGCGAGGCUAUGAUCAACAAGAUGGUGAAUUUGGAGCUUUACGCUGGAUACACCUACACUUCCAUGGCUCACUACUUCAAACGGGAUGACGUCGCCCUUCCUGGAUUUGCCAAGUUCUUCAAGAAGAACAGUGAGGAGGAGCGCGAGCAUGCUGAGAAAUUCAUGGAGUUCCAGAACAAGAGGGGUGGCCGCAUCGUCCUUCAGGACAUCAAGAAACCGGAGCGAGAUGAGUGGGACAAUGGACUGACUGCUAUGCAGUGCGCUCUUCAGCUGGAGAAGAACGUCAACCAGGCUCUGCUGGACCUGCAUAAGGUCGCUUCUGAGAAGGGAGACCCUCAUCUGUGUGACUUCCUGGAGACUCACUACUUGGAUGAGCAGGUUGAGGCCAUCAAGAAGCUUGGUGACCACAUCACCAACCUUACCAAGAUGGAUGCUGGCAACAACAGGAUGGCAGAGUAUCUGUUUGACAAGCACACCCUGGAUGGCGACAGCAGCUAAAUGCAGCCGUCUGAUCAUAUGCAUAUUGCAAAACCUCCAGCUGUAUUCUAUGCUUAACUCAAUGCUAUGACUUUUAGAGGCUACAUUUUAUAAGAUGCUUGCUAAUUUAAUCCAUCAUCUUGUGGUUUAGUCAUCAAGCUGAAUCUUUUGUUUAAUGUACACUAAUUGGUUUUAACCAAGUGAAUUUGGUGAAUAAACAUUUUUGGCUGGA